AACAAGGGAGCCUGCAGCAUCCUUGGGUACUACAGCAUCCCUGGGUACCACCUGCCCUCCCAUCCCUGCUGGGGGAGGGGCUGGGCACUGGGCUGGCCCUGCUGAGACCCUCCCAUACCCACAGGACAACACCCACUGUGGGACAUGGAGGUGCCUCUGCCUGUGAUCUCAGCAGCACUAAGCAGCCUGGCUGUGACCCAGGCAUGUGGCAGCCCUCGGCUGUGAGUCUGAGCUCCUGCACGGUGACCUCACGACACAGCAGUGUGCUGGGAUGCCCCUGGUCCAGCCUGGCCUUGCUGAGCACCUGGUGCUGCCUGUACAGCCACGUGUCCCCACCGCCAGCCCCACUCUGAGUCACACACAGCAGCGGCUCACAGGCGGUGGCAGCUCUCAGCCGUGCAGCAAGGAGUCACGCUGCUCCCUUCACACUGCCCCAACCCCCCUUGGGAAGCAGGGAGUGUGCCCAGCACUGCCUCUGAUCACUGGGUCCCGGCUGUGGGAUCCCACACGGAGACGGGGACAGCAAAGUGAGCACUGCUGGUGACAACGCUGGGACAGGGAAGGAUGUGCUGAAACCCCCCCCAGUCCCCCAGGCCAGAUGCCCACCCUUCAGCCCUCCUGCAGCUGCAGCCGCGGCCCCAGCGUGGCACAGGGGAAGUGGUACGGGGUGCGCUCCUACCUCCACCUCUUCUAUGAGGACUGCACUGGGGCCAGCCCUGAUGGGGACACAGAUGAGUCUUCACCUUCCCAUCCCCACAGUGUAUGGCCCUCCAUUAUCUGGAAGGUGACCCUCUCCACAGGCACUCUGUUUCUGCUGGUGGGAGUGGCUGCCCUGACCACAGGCUGGCUGGUGCCCCCCAGGCUGGAGGGCAUCGAGGAAGAGGAUCUGGUGGUGCUGGACGUGCAGGCCAUGCGCUAUAACCACGUGCUGAGUGUGUGCCGGCUGCUGGGCACGGCGCUGUGCAUCACAGCUGCAGUGCUGGGUGCUGUGGGGCUGCUCUGCUGUGUGCUGGGCAGAGCUUGGGGUGGCCCCCAAGAAGAUGAGCAGCAGCUGUCACCCAUCCUGCAGAGCAGCCCCCAGGGCCCCGCGCUGCCUUUCGGUGCCUCCCAGCUCCAUGGUGUCCAGCCCCGGCAGGAGGUGUGAAUGCACUGGCUGCACUGCUGCUGCUAGAUGGCUGACCCUGGAUCCCAGCUGUGCCACAGGGACUCACUGCGCUCAGUGCCAUCCUCCACCUGCAAGGAUCCUCUGCACCAUCGGCCACC